AUGGAUUGGUAUCCAAGAGAGCACGUGAGGAAGAGAGGACACCCGCCGACAGACUGGGACAAGGAGAUGAAGAAGACCUGCGGGGGAGCAGCCUGGAAGAGAGUAGCAUUAGAGAGGAAAGAAUGGAAAAGGAUGGGACAGACACCGAAUCAACCAUCAGACUUAUCAUUUCCUUCACCUUCCUUAAUGAGAACAUCGGACAAUACAGUACGCUGGUUUAUUCCUUCAACUACUCUUGCCGAAGUAUCGAAUCGAGCACUAACGUUUACAGUUCCUGUAACUUCCCUUCCCAGAUUUUUGCUGACAUUGGAUGACCAGAUACGUUUUUCAAUUCCUUCAACUUCUUUUGCCAGAACACCGAAUCAACCACCAGACUCAUCAUUUCCUUCAACUUCCUUUGGCAGAGCUCCAAAUCAUCCGCCAGAUUUAUCAUCUACUGCAACUUCCUUUGCCAGGGUGAGUUACAUCAUAUUAAAUGACAAAAGAUUAGAGUAA